UAAUUUUUUUUUUUAUUCUGUUUUCUUUUGUGGACUUUGGAGAGUGUCUUUUUUGGGUCUUGUUUACUUGCAAGGAAUGGAUGGUGGUGAUGUUCAUUCCUGAUGCCAACUAGUAUUAAAGACAGUGAACCAGUGUUAAAUUUUUUAUGUUUAGUUUCUUGGAUUUGCUGGAAUACUGCUUAAGAGAUUUUGGUAGUAAGAGCUGAAUUACAUACACACAGGGCCCCCCAAAAGAAGAAGAAGAAACAGCAAACUUUGUUCAUUUAUUAGUAUAUUUUUUUCCCUUCAAGGGGGGGCUCUUCUUUUUGGCUACUUGGGAAAGUUGAGACUUAUGGCGUCGUUUUUGCAAAUUAAUGAUCCAUUGAAGCAUGCUGUACAGAGAUUCUUUUAGAGCAUGAGCUCUACAUCAACUCAAAUUGCCGCCCUCAGAGGAAUGGGCAUUUAUGAGCCCUUUAACCAGAUUAGCUCAUGGGCACACACUUUCAGAGAUGAUGGUAGCCUAAACAUUGGCCCAUCCACAAUUGUACAGGUGGAUGCUGGGCUAGACAACAAGAGUGAACAUGUUUCACAUGAAUCAAUGGAACCGUACAGAAGCGAUCAGGAAGCACACAAACCUGCUGAUAAGAUACAAAGACGUUUGGCACAAAAUCGUGAAGCUGCUCGCAAAAGUCGCUUGCGGAAAAAGGCUUAUGUUCAACAAUUAGAAUCCAGCCGAAUUAAGUUGGCCCAGUUGGAGCAGGAGCUUGAAAGAGCUAGGCACCAAGGUGCUUACUUAGGCAGUGCAUCAAAUUCUAGUCAUUUAGGAUUUUCAGGAACAGUAAAUCCAGGAAUUGCUGCAUUUGAGAUGGAAUAUGGACAUUGGGUUGAAGAACAACUCAAACAAGUUUCUGAACUUAGGAAUGCAUUGCAAGCUCAUAUAACUGAUAUUGAGCUCCGAAUACUUGUUGAGAAUGGCUUGAACCACUAUAACAAUCUUUUCCGUAUGAAAGCUGAUGCUGCGAAGGCUGAUGUAUUCUAUCUGAUAUCUGGCAAAUGGAGAACGCCGGUAGAACGCUUCUUUCAGUGGAUCGGAGGAUUCCGCCCAUCAGAACUUCUAAAUGUUCUCAAGUCACAACUUGAGCCUUUGACUGAUCAACAACUCGUGGAUGUCACUAACCUUUGUCAAUCAUCUCAGCAAGCUGAAGAUGCUCUAACUCAAGGAAUUGAUAAACUCCAGGAGGCUAUGUCCCAAAGCAUACCAGCUGAUGUAAUGGGUGCUGGGGGUUAUGGUCAGAUGGCUGAUGUAAUGGGUGUCGGGGGUUAUGGUCAGAUGGCUGGUGCCAUGGAGAAUUUACGAGCUCUCGAGGGAUUUGUGACCCAGGCCGAUCACCUUCGGCAACGAACUCUGCAGCACAUGUCUCGGAUAUUAACAAUGCGCCAAUCAGCUCGUGGUUUACUUGCAUUAGGAGAGUACUUUCACCGUCUUCGUGCUCUCAGUUCUCUAUGGGCUGCUCGUCCUCGUGAACCCACCUAGUCAACAGAGGUAGGAUCUGAGAAAACCACUCAUAGCUAAGUUGAUUUCCCUCAAGUACCUGUGCUUCUGCAGGAGAAUGAGUUCUUGUGGCUUUUGUAAUAUGGACAAAUAUUUGAUCUGGUUAUAUGUUCUUUCAAAGCAGUUAUUCUCAAGUUUAAACAGUGUAAAUAUGAAUCUUAAUGAUGUGUUCCUGAAGCAGCAACCUUACUUAAUUAAGUUGAUGCUCGGUACAUGAUGUAUAUAUUGUUAAAAAGUGUUAGAAAGUUUAAUUUGAAAUGCAGUUCAUGUUUGUACUA